AUGAGUGAUACGUCGUGGGUAAUAACUGAAGCAGAAAUGCGAGAAAAUGAUAUUCAGUUCUCGUCUCUUAAUCCAGUAAAUGGAUUUGUUUCCGGUGAACAGGCACGUCCAUUAUUCAUGAAAUCUGGUCUUUCACCAGCAAUUCUAGCUCAAGUGUGGCAUUUAGCUGAUUACAGUAAGGAUGGCAAGAUGGACCGAAUUGAAUUUUCGAUUGCCAUGCAUUUGAUUCGUGCUGUAUUGGCUGGUGCGACGUUACCACCAACUCUUCCGAUCUCCUUAAAGCCUCCAGUGGUGAUAACUCCAUCAUUUCCUCCACUGAUGGCGCAAACACCAAUGGUUACUCCAGUAAUGACCUUUGGCGGACUUCUACCAACUACACAAGAUUUGAUCACUUCUGGGAAGAUACAAGGUGAUUGGACCAUACCGCAUCAUAACAAAUUGAAAUAUUGUCAGCACUUUAAUCAGCUUGACAAAAACAGAAUUGGGUCGCUUAGUGGUGUUCAUGCAAGAAAUAUUUUGGCACAAAGCCAGCUGUCGAAUUCUGUCUUAGCUGAAAUCUGGAAUUUGUCGGAUUAUAAUAAAGAUGGACGGCUUAGCGUAGAAGAAUUUUGUGUUGCCAUGCAUUUGAUUGAUUCAGUUAAGACUGGUUAUUUGCUUCCAAAAACUCUUCCACCUGAGUUAGCUGCUCACUGUUCACGUUCCGUUUCUGAUUCACCAGUACUUGAUCCGAAUGUACCUCCUGCACAAAAAAUUCAAAUACCGAAAACAUUUGAGGACAAACGCCGUGAUAAUUAUGAUCGUGGGCAGGCAGAAUUGGAUCGACGUCGUCAGGCAUUACGUGAAGAGGAAGAACGUCGUCGUGCAGAAUUUGAAAAGAAAGAGAGAGAAUUGGCAGAAAAGAGAGAACGAGAAAGGGAGGAAGCUGAAAGGAAACGUCAGGCUGAACGUGAAGCGGAAUUAGAACGUGAGCAGAAACGCGAAGAAGCUCGUCUGGCAGAAGAAAGACGUGUUUUGGCAGAAAAAGAGAAAGCUAGAAAGGAGAUGGAACGGCAGAGAAAAGCUGAUUUGAACGCUAUACGAAUUCGAGAAAUCAAAGCACAGCGUCAAAAUGAAGUGGACAGCACUCUGGAACGACAGCAACGCCAGAAAAGUCUAUCCUUUCAGCUUCAAGCUCUCGAUGAAAAGUCAACAGAGUUGAACACUAACAUUACUCAAACAAGGGAUCUAAUUGUUGGUAUAACAAAAGAAAUAGAAUCAAUGAAAGUCAAACGUGAUGAAAAAGCAGAAAAAAUUCGAUCAUUGGAAAUAACAAAACAACAAUUAAGUGUGCAAUAUGAACGACUGGCACACGAAAGUCUCCAAAUGCAGGUUGAAUGUCGUAAUAGAGCGCAAAAGGCUGAAGAUCUUGAGCAAGCGAAAAAUGCAAAACAAUCUCUAAUUGCUCAAUUAUCAACGUUGAAUAAACAGUUGAAAGAUGCAAAUGAACGAGCAAAGGUUCAGCAGCAAUUGGUUACCAUGAAAGCGGAAGAAUUCAACGAGUGUAAUUUAAAGUUAACUCAACUUUCGACGCUACAUUUUCAAUUGUACGAACAGAUUAAAACUUUGAAGUUGAAAGUAAAUACCAUAGUUUCUGGGCAAAAUGGUGAUGUGCCGAAUGCUGUGACAACAUCUUUGUUGGGUCACUCACUUAAUAAAACUCCAUCGGUUGAUUCGAAAAGUGUUACGAACGGAACAGUUCAGCAAUUUUCCGUGCCUAGUAAUUCAUUACCAAAAGGAAAUGGUGCUACUGGUACAGUAAAAUAUCGGGCAUUGUAUGAAUUUAAUGCUCGUUCAGAUGACGAGCUUAGCUUCCAACCAGGAGAUGUUAUUCUUGCAUUUGAAAAUCAUGCCGCAGAACCGGGCUGGUUAGCGGGACAGAUGCGUGACAAAGUAGGAUGGUUCCCCGUAGCAUUUGCCGAACCAAUGGUACCUGUUACUGCUGUUCCUACACAGCCGCCGCAAACCAUAUCAUCUGUUACAACUUCUCCGUCAAGCGAGCCGUUGCAGAGCAUUGUAGAGGAACCGGCUGCUGCGGUUGUUAAAUCAGCUUCAGGAACUUUAAGUGCUUCACCAUCCGGACAAGAAAAACGGUUGCCUGUUCUGGGAGCAGCAGUUGCUUUAUAUCAGUGGAAGGCAAGAAAUGAUAAUGAGUUAAGUUUUUCGAAAGGAGAUACUAUCGAGAUCCUGGAACAGCUAGAAAUGCGGUGGAAGGGUCGUAAUAAAUCUGGCUCAGUUGGUUGGUUCCCCAAAUCGUACGUUUCAAUGUCAGGUGGAGAUAAGGCCGAUUUGAAAGAUAAUUUAGUAAAAGAUCAAGUUGAAAAGUCAAAAGAAUCUGAUGCAAAGGAACCUUCUGCACCUUCAUCUAUUCCCUCAGCUGGUGCAGUAUAUGAUAUUGUUACAGAAACACCAGCUGAAUCGACAUCAGGCGAGUGGUACGUGGCACUGUAUGAUUUUCAAGCAAUGGAACCAACAGAUCUCGAUUUGCAUGCAGGUGAUCGUAUUCUUGUUACGGAAGCAAUCAAUGAAUGGUGGAAAGGAACUUGUAAUGGACGAACUGGAAUUUUCCCUGCGAAUUAUGUGCAAAAAUGCCCACCUUCUUCAGGUGAUGUAUCGCAGUCUGAAAGUGCAGACUUUGGUACAGGCAGAGCUAUUGCUGAUUUUGAAGCUACAGCGGAAAAUCAGUUGUCUCUGAAAGUUGGUGAUGUAGUAAAAGUUCAAAGCAAAUCAUCUUGUGGUUGGUGGCAAGGCGAGAUUGUUUCCGAUGGUGGAACUAGAAAAUUUGGUUGGUUCCCAGGUAAUUAUGUGGAAAUCUUAGGUGGAAAUGAACUGAAAGCAGAAGCCUUAUAUGAUUACCAGGCACAGCGUGAUGAUGAAUUAUCUUUUAAAAACGGUGAUAUCAUAAUAGUCACUGAUCAAAGUGAUGGCGAAUGGUGGAAAGGACGUCUCCUGAAUGACAAAAGUAAUACUGACGCACUCUUCCCAGGAAAUUAUGUUCAAUUGCGCAAAACCAUACAACCAAGCAUCGAAGUGUCUCUAAAUUCAGUGACAUCUUUGCAUAAUCAAUCUGUUACAAUCACAACUGAGCAAUAUCCCAUCGUUUCUUCGAAAUGCGAAAAAGUUGCAAAAGAAUUGUUGGAUACUGAAGUGAAAUAUUGUCAUGACCUAACACAGUGCUAUGAAAUAUUCUCUCAAGGAUUAAAAGACAUAAUUAAUACUGAUCUUGCAAGCCAGUUAUUUUUAAACUUUGAACAGCUUAUUUCUGUAUCUACGUCUAUUGCUAAUGCACUUGAACAACUGUCACCUGGUGAUGUAUUUGUGGCGAAUUUUGAUUUACUUCGUGCUUAUGUUGAAUUUUGCUCGAAACAACAAGCAGCAUUGGAAAUGUUAAACGAACUAGAGCACAACAAUAUUUCAUUUAGACAGGCAUAUCGUUCAUGUUGUAUAAAGACAAAUGGAAUAAACUUUAGCUACUUUUUGCUUUUGCCAAUGAAUCGUAUUACUCGUUAUCCGUUAAUUUUUGAAAAGCUUGUCAAAUAUACGCAUCCAAGUGAUUCUAAACGCAAGAAUCUUGAAAAAGCGCACGAGCUGUUGAAGUUAUUAUGCACCGAAAUUAACGAUGUUAUCAGUGCAUUGGAUAGUUCAAGUAUGCUCAUUUGGGCUCAGCAACACAUUCAUUGUGAAGCUAUACAACCACCUAUUGUUUUCCCAUCUUCUACACGGAAAGUUGGACCACGAUGUCUCCUACACUGUGGUGCUUUGCAGAAACUAUUAAAUGGGAAAAUAUUAGUUGCUCUAUUAUUCAAUGAUUUUUUGAUGCUAACAACACCCGUAGAACCAAUUGAACAGUUGGAGGAAUUCAGGAUUACCAAAACAAGUGAAUUACAGUUAAAUCUUUACAAGACACCUUUGUUAUUGGAAAAUGCUAAAAUUAUACAGAAUAAGGAAAUGGAUGAUUGUUCGUUUGAAGUUCGCUCUGGUGAUUUUUCUAUGAUAUUACGUGCACCAAAUCGAAAUGCUCGAUUAUUUUGGAUUGCACAAAUUGAAAAAGCCAUUAAUGAAUAUCGUAAUCAGUGCCAAAUAACAAAAAAACCAUCAUUAUCCUAUAUGUCUGAACAAGGUCGACUUUUCGUUGAACUAGUUUGCAUUCUAAACGUCGACAGUGCAUUAAGAUUAUUGGGAACUCAAUCAAUAUUGUGCAAAUUUCAAAUCGGUCAAUCAUUAACCUAUGCUGACGUUGAUAUGAACAAAAAAGAGCAUCUUUGUACGACACAACUGCCUAUCUAUGAAACUGCUUAUGAUGAUUUUUUUGAAGUAGCAAUUUUUCUCAAUCGAAUCUUUUCGCCAGAUCUUUGUGCAGGCAUGUUUGGCAUAAUUUAA